GAAAUCUGUGGUCCAACUGGCUUCAGAUGGCGUGUGUAUGUGCGUGUGCCUUCCUUGCGAGUGUGUGAGACAAGCUGGGAUCAUGAGCCAGGGUUGUUCCAAGUGGUUUUAAUCAGCAGCCCAUUAGAGGGGAACGGGAAACUUCUAACAGGAUAAGAGCCGAGCAGAGAUCAGUGCAUGCUGACAGGAAAGAGGCAAUUUAAAAGGACUGGACUGAAGGAAACUAAAAACAAAGUAGGAACUGAGAAUGCAAGAGAGAAAAAACAGCAAACGAUUGUUCACGAGGUUAUUCCCAUGGGAGGAUACUUUACAAGCCCUCUGGAUCCUGUGACUUCUUGCCAGGUACCAAGAAAGGACUCAGCAGCAGAAAUGGGGGAAGUCCUCACUAGUUUUGGAUAAAGCCUGCCUUUGACUUUUUUUUUUUUUUUUUUUUUUUUUACCUUGUGAGAACGUGACUACUUCGAAUGCAUCUGCAAUGUGGCAAAGGGUGAAGUGAGGCCAUGGUUUGUGGGCAAGUCCCCAGGUGCCGCAGGCUUUGUCGCCCUCGCCCCUUCCUCCUGGCCUUAGUGGUGGCUGUCUGUCUGUUCUGCCAGACCCUGACUCCUCUCAUGACCAGCAGCUUCCUUUCGGCAGUUGUUAAUGGGAUUUCACCACACAAACUGAGUAAAACACAGCAAGGAAGAUACAAGGAGGUCUCAGCAAGCAGCACUCACUGCUUCUUCCCUGUCAGUGACGCACAGGCAGUGAAAAAGAUUGAAGACUCCAUUCUCCAGUACUUUGGAAGCCGUACGAGAAGAGCAAUUCUGUAUGCACCUCCUGCCCAUAGCAAAACUGAGCGUCAGCUUUGUGAGCGCAUCCUGAAAAAACAUGGAUAUGCAGUCACAGUCCUUGAGAACAGGAGACUGAUGGAAGAUCUGAGACAUGAGGGCUCUUAUCACAGUGGCAUAAGCCCUUGGGAUCUUCUGAUCUGCUUAUCUUCCAGAAAAAAUGAUGGUACUAGCUGCAUUCAAAGAGAUGACUUGCAUCAUCUAGAGUUAUUCCAAAAGGUAAACCUACUUCCAGAAAUUCAGCGUUUACUUUGCAGAAAAGAGGGAUUGUGCCAGAUAACAAAAGCCUUUUCAGACCUGCAGCUCCCAGUUGCCAUCCCAGAGUGCUCCAGUCAGAGUGGGCUGUCAAGGACCAGCAUUGCAAGCAACGUCACCCAUGGCGGCAAAAGCAAUGGCAGGACACACGCUGCCCCUCUACGGCACUUGUGGAGCCAGGCUAAUAGUGCACAGCUGAAUCAGGUCUCAGCCUCACCAGACCACAAGGACUUCUUUAAAGCUCAAGACAUUUCUGUCAUCAUAAAAGCAUAUGUGCUAGUCACAUCCUUAACACCUUUGCGGGCAUUCAUUCAUUCAACCGCCACAAUCUGGCAUCCACCCAAGAAGAAGCACUUUUCUGUAAAGCUGCAAAAGUUUUUUGAGAUGUUCUUCAAAAGCAGUUCUCCCCAGCAAGCCUUUAACAACAUGAAGGAAGCUAUAAGCAAACUUCUACUUGUAACUGAGGUCUUCAGUGAAUUAUCUGCCUCAGGACCAAGCUCUUUCAAUCAAUGCAGCCAGUGUUUUCAAAUGUUAACCUUUGACCUUGGGUUCAGCACCUCCUUACACCCAGUAGUUCUUGAGGUGCAUGAAAACUUUGACUUUCAAGAUGAGGAAGGAUCAAAUAUUCAGGACCAAACCUUCAAAGAAGUUAUUUUUGAAGAUACUUUUAAAUUUCUCUUAUCUAAUAAAUCGUCAACUUCCAGUUUCAAAGAAGCUUUAGAAAAUGUGUAUGGAUUAACUGUGAGCAAGGAUGGAAGCUACCACAAAGAAGAUGAGCAAUGUUUGUCUUUAGAAGAGAUAAAUUCCAUGAUUACUUUCAUAAAAGAGCUGAAGCAUAUUGGACAAUUUGAGCUGCUUUUCCCUUCUGCUGCACCCAAGAUUCAAACUUUACUGCGUGACCUGUAUCACAUGGUAGACCCAAUGAGACGGCUUGGUUCAGUCCUGACUGUACAUUGGUUGCUUUCCAGUUUACUUGAACAAUUCCAGUUCAUGACUAAAGAGGCACAUACAAAUCUUUCAGAAUGGAGAAGCAAGAAGAGUUCUAGAAACUCAUCUCAAACUAUAAGGAACUGGUUACAGCUUAGGAAUUCUUCUCAAGAAAAUACAAGACCUAUGCAAAAUGUUCCUUUUAACCUGAGGAAGAAUCAUGAAGCAUUGUUUUAUUCCAGUCAGAAUAAAGAAAGACAAUGCAGUUAUGAUAAAGAUACCCUAUCUCAUAUCAGGCAGAUCUUCACCAGUCCACAGCUGGAUUUGAACCCUCAGUUUAACCCAAAGAUCAAGGAAUACUACGCAGAAGUCCCAUUUGACCUGGUGACAGUGAAAAUUGGAGCAGAACCUUCUAACUGUCAAUGCCAAGUACACCUUGAUGAGAAGAAAGGACCAAGUGUUGCUAACUACCCACUUGGCCUUGGAUUGAACAAAAUCAUAGUUCUUGUAACAGAUGAUUCGCAACCCAACCCUCAGGUUGUGAGCAGCUAUAAAAUCACAAUUUAUCGGGAGGACCGCCCUAGCCUGCCUUUGUUUGAUGACUAUAUGAUAUGUGGUUUUGUGCAGGACUGUGGUUCUCAAAUCCAUCCAGAGGAGUCCUGUGGCUUGCAGCCUCUGUCUCAUGAAUACCUCUCCCGAAUUUCACAGACAGUGCUUAAGACCUGCGAAGCUGGAGACACAAAAGGGCAGUGGAUUGUCCCUUGCCUCAGCUGCUCUGACAACAGAACCUGUGACUGGAGAGCAAUAACAUGGCAGCCCCACAACUGCCAACACUCUGUGCUAACUAAGCCUGAACUCCAGCGCUGUGUGGAGGGCAGAAGGAUUCUUUUUAUAGGUGACUCAACUAACAGAGGGAUGAUGUACUAUCUUAUAGAAAGAGUGAAUGAGACUCUUCAGGAAUGGCAAAAGACCCAUGAUGUUAAAUGUUAUCAUAAUAUCAAUGAGGGGAAAACAUUUAUAAGUUACUCCUACUAUCCCCAGUUUUGGAUGACUGCAAAACAGAGACCAACUUUUGAAAAAGCACUAGAACAACUGCUUCAGAGAUCACGUCCCCUAGAGAACACAGACCAGACGGUAUUAAUUGUAGGUGGUGUUCAGUGGCUUAAUUCCAAUCACCUGCAAAUUAUCCAGAAGGUGUUGAACAGGGAAAAUCUAUCAAAUAUCCUGGUAAUUAUCAAAUCCAUAGGGAUGGGAUUUCACCUCCCAGUGGAUGGAAUACAUUCUUUAUCACAGGCAGAAGUGCAAAAUUUGUGGAACGAAAACUUGGUUAUCCUGGAUACAGCAAAAAAUUAUGGCUAUGAAGUUGUUGACACCUUUGUCAUCACAAUGGGACGUUACAAAGAAUUCAUGCGGGGGAAGUGUGGCUGCCAUUUCCAUGAGGUGGUGAAAUCCAAUCCCUCUGAAGAAAGUCCACACAUAACAAUGACAUUAUCAAGGCGCUAUACACUGGGGAAAUAUUUCAGCAGUCAAAGCAAGCUAUCACAACUGCAGGACUAUCCUAAAAAUUCUCAUUCCCCAUAUCAUGUCCGAGGUCCAAUAAACCAAGUUUAUUCUGAAAUCCUUCUGAGCAGGCUCUGUGCAAGUAAGAGGGAGCUUGUCAGCACAUAGCCUCUCUUGGAUGUCACACUGGGACUAGAGAUAUGCCGCCACCUGAGCAACAGUCAAAAGACCAUGGUGAAUUUAUGACGUGCUUCCUCUAUUGAUUGCACAUGUACCAACAGAGUUGGAGACGUGACAUUUUUCCUAAAUCUUUAUGAAAUGGAGAUAUGCCCUGGCAGUUUUGUGGUUUCAGAAUGGAAGAUGAAAAGAUGCAAAGAGAGAGAAAAGGGGCAGUUACUUGAACUGUUGCCAAAAGCUAGAACAGCUGUAGCUCAAGCAACUGUUUAUUAAUGAUAGUAAAGAGAGAGAAAUGUAUACACUUGAAUGAUUUGGAAAGGACUGCUAUAGCUUUUCAGCACUAUCUAGUUUUCUAUUUAUAGAGACACUGUAAUAUGUGAAUGUAUUUAGAAACUGGUUACAUUCCAUUUUAAAGAUUUUUAUUGUACAUGGAUUGGUUCCCUUUCAGUAUCAAAUCUUUUCUAUUUAGGCACUUGGUUUUUAGAUUUGAAAAUAUCUAUUAAUGUUUUACAUUAGAACUCUAGUGUUUUUCCUGAAAACGCACCCCUUCUUUGUAUCAUAGAUGGAACAGAUGUCUACCCUAUUUUUUGCAUGUUCUAAAGUUAAUACAGAAAUAGAUUACUUAGACUUGAGACUGGCUGUAACUGUCUCAAUGUAGCAUGUAAAUAUAGUGAAUAUGUUGACAUAGACUUAUUUAAAGUCCCAGUUUAGGAGAGUGGCCAUAUGCAGGAAGACUGCUUAGAUAUUUGCUUCAGUAACUGCCCUGGCCUUUAAGCCAAGAAAGUGCCCUAUCUUCUAUGAUUUUAAGAAUUGCCAAUAUGUGAAACCAAGCCAGUACCACAAACAGGAGAAAAGUCCCUUUUGCAAGCACACAUAAGAACUUCAAGAUCUGUUUGAUUGCUUGUUUUUUUGUCUGUUUUUAAUCUAUCACGAGCAGUAUGUGAUGUCCUGAGGGCAGAAUAUACUGCCUGCAUCUCUUGCUUGGUGGGGGCUAAACCUUCUCUGGACUCCGGUUUCAUGCUGUAGGCCAUCUUCAUCACCCAUUUUUGCAGACCUGCUCUGAAUGAAAGUCAAGGGAGACGGUUUAUCAUCAUAAGAAGAAUCUGUAUGCAAUAUUGACAACAAAUUCACAGAUGUGGUACCCUGAUGGGAAACCAAAUGUGGUCCAAUUUUAGCAGCUGGGUGGUGUGUUAAUGGGGACAGAGAAAAAAGCCCCUUGAAGUUAUUCACCCUACAAAUUAUUUCUAUGCUCGGUGUACCAGCCUCUUUGGCACUUCCCAUUGCAAAGUGUGGGCCCAUCAUGAUGGAGAAGGGCUACACAGUCCUCAUCACUACAUCACUGUGCCUGUAGUUCACUUUGAGGAGAUGACCAUAAACACAUACUUUUUAAAGCAUCUGACCUAACUAGGUCCUGAUGUGUUUUGUCACAACAACAAAUGACCGAAGAUGAAACCAUAUUGUUUUUGUAUGAUUAAAAUGCACCAAGAACACUUGAAAUUUAAAUACUACUACUACUACUAAUAAUAAUAAAAUAACAUUUCAAAAGUAAAAAUCCAGUUAUGGAUUGUCUUGGAGCUGGCAGUCAGGGCACUGCUCUCAUACCACACACUAGAGAGGGGAGUCUAAUGAAGGGUUCACUGAGCUCUGUGACUUGCUUCCCCCUCACAAUAUUAUUUAAAAUCCUUCACUUGCUUCCACUGUCUUUGGGAAAGGAAGCCGCAAGCAAUGUCAGUGAAGAUAAUUUAUAGCGCAAAAGUAACCAGCAUCUUAUUGGCCUUGGUAGCACACAGAAAGGCUUCCCUGUAUAGAAAUAGGAAUAGAAAUUUAUGAGAUUUACCAAGGAUCCAUAAACUCAACACAGUCAGUAUCCCCAGUUACUAAUCCAGUAUUGUGGAUUCUUGCUACUUCAGAUAAGUUAGCUGAAGACAGCAGUUUCGAGCCCAGUUUCCCUAAGUGGUCAGAGGAAUCUCAGAAAGAGGAUCUGGCCUACCUAAUUUAGGAGACUUCCCACUAUAUUAACAAAGCUCCUAAUUUAGGCAAUAACCUUACAUUUGGUGUGACAAUGUGAAUAUAUAUGUGUUUCUCUAUAAUAUGCUGCUGCUGUGCUUACAGUAAAUGUCCCUGAAUUUCUACAUAAAGUUUUCCCUGGCAUGGAGCUUUGCAUGAAAAGAAGGGUCAGGAACUGUGCAUAAAUACUGAAAAAGUCAGCAUUUGGUUUUGAGCAAUGUGAUAAUCUAAGGAAUAUAAUUGUAUGAAAAUGAAAUAAUAUAUAAACUUGGGUCUGGAACUCCAAGUCAUCACAAUCUUAAAUUUGAUUUUAUAUCAUGCCAUUAAUAUCACCAGAUGCAAAACACGGCCAGAAGUCAUUGUCAUUGAGAUGGUCAAUGAUAGGAGUAUUACAGUUCCACUUCUGUUAGGAUUUUCUUUGCUCAUUUAAAUCCACAUGCUGUUGCUGUUAUUUUUAUGUACAUAAAUAUUUUUAAGGCAUGAACUGAGUUUGUAUGUUUUGUUAGUUGUUUGUUAAUCAAAGCCAAUUGCUGAAGCAUCAGCUAUAAUGAUGAAAAGAGCUGACUUUGUUAUACUGUAGCUGAUGCUGGUGAAUGUACAAUUCUUCACUUCCAGUUUCACCGCAAAAUGGUUUACAUGUGCUGUACACCCAGAUGUCUUAAUGUUUUCCAAAUCUUAAUAUUUUUUCAAAUGUAGCAAGUUGAAAUUUUUCUGUAUGUUUGCUAUUUUUUACCUAUCUGUGUACAUAUCUACAUGUGUACAAAGGUAUUGAUACAAUUUGUAAACAGAUACUUAUUUAAAUGAGUUCUUUGAAUAUUUUUUCCAUCACUAUAUAUGAUCCAUGUAAUCUUAUGAAUAAAUGAAGGGAAUGGAGACUAAAACAGGUGCCAACGUACAUUUUUCACUAUUUCACUUUAAAAUAUAUCUAUCAUCUAUAGGUACAUAAAAGAAGAAAGUUGAGAUUGCUAUGGAAGUACUGCUUGCUUAUACACAUCAACAUUUACAGAUUAAGACAAGUAAUUACUAUGUCUGAA